CAUAUCCGCCAUCUCUUAGCUCGAGCUCGAACGUUGGAGCUCUCCUUCUGUCAGCUUCCUACAUAAUCCUUUCCCGCACCCCAACCGUCAACACCACACAUCCCUGUCCUCCACGCCUGACAUUACAUCCUUCUCUAUCCAUAAUUGAACGUAAUUAUGGCUCUCGCAACUCAAUUCGAAGGCGUGCUUCCGCUGCACAUGGUCCAGAAGCCGCCGUUUAUGAUCGAGUCGCCAGGGGCUGAAGAGGUCGAAGGAGAGACGAAACCACACAGACACAUCAAGGCUAAGGAUGGCCUUCUCACUCGCCCUGCACCUCAUAUCGCCACCACAUACGAUAUUCUCAUCGAGAGCGCAAACAAACAUGGAGAUAAAGCCGCAAUAGGUUCUCGUAAACUAAUCACUACUCACACUGAGACCAAGAAGGCACCAAAAAUUGUUGAUGGUGUCAAGAAGGAAGUUGAUAAGCAAUGGACCUACUUUGAGUUAUCACCGUACUCAUUCCUCACCUACAAUGAGUAUAAGACCCGGGCUCUGCAUGUAGGUGCUGCGUUGAGGAAAUUGGGUCUUGAGCAGGGCGAUGUUUUACACAUUUUUGCGACCACAAGCGCGAAUUGGCUGUGUAUGGCACACGGCUGUGCCUCGCAAUCCAUCACAAUCGCGACAGCCUACGACACUCUCGGCUCUGAUGCCGUCGAAUACUCUCUCACCCAGACGAAUGCGAAGGCGAUGUACACUGAUCCCCACCUCCUGAAAACCGCUGGUCGCCCGUUGAAGAAUGCGAAGGAUGUUAAAUUCUUAGUCUAUAACGACACAUCUAACAUCCCAAUCUCCGACAAGGAGUUGGAAGACUUCAAGACCGCAAACUCUCACCUUACCAUAUACUCCUACACCGACCUUGUCGCUCUCGGCGAGGAAAACCCCAUAGAUCCAGUACCGCCGAAAGCCAGUGACAUGUGCUGCAUCAUGUACACCUCGGGUUCAUCCGGGACGCCGAAGGGUGUGCCUAUUACGCACGAGGGCAUUGUCGCUGGUAUCACGGGCCUGUACACCGUUAUCGAGGAGACCGUCUCACACCGCGACACAAUCCUUGCUUACCUUCCCCUGGCUCAUAUUCUGGAGAUGGCUGUAGAGAAUCUAGUCAUGUAUAUUGGAGGUACGUUGGGAUACGGAUCUCCACGCACGCUUGCCGAUUCUUCGACGCGCAACUGCGCUGGUGACAUGCGCGAGCUUGCACCGACUGUCAUGGUUGGUGUCCCCCAGAUAUGGGAGACUAUCAGGAAGGGUAUUGAGUCGAAAGUAAACAAUGGUGGUGUAUUGUUGAGAAACGUUUUCUGGGGUGCCUACGGCCUAAAGUCUAUGCUCACAGCAGCUGGCUUACCUGGCGGAGGAUUAAUCGAUGCCCUGAUAUUUAAACAAGUCCGUAACAUGACAGGUGGAAGAGUGAGGUUUCUUUUCAACGGCGCUAGUGGUAUUUCCGACGGCACGAGACGUUUCGUGAGUCUGGUGCUCGCGCCGAUGAUCACGGGCUAUGGUCUUACCGAGACAUGCGCCAACGGUGCACUGGGCUGCCCCCUGCAAUGGACGCCAAACGCUAUCGGUCCCGUCCCAGCUUCGUUAGAAAUCAAGCUCGUCGGCUUGCCGGAUCUAGGGUACGAUGCAAAGAGCACGCCCCCACAAGGCGAAAUCCUCCUCCGUGGACUGCCUGUAUGCAAGGAGUACUUCAAGAACCCUGAGGAGACGGAGAAGGCCUUCACAACAGAUGGAUGGUUCCGAACGGGUGAUAUCGGAGAGUUUGAUUCUUUAGGACACAUCAAGAUCAUCGAUCGUGUCAAAAACCUGGUCAAGAUGCAGGGAGGCGAGUACAUUGCUCUCGAGAAACUCGAGGCCGUGUACCGAGGCAGCGAAUUCGUUCACAACAUCAUGAUCCACGGCGAUAACGACCACGCCCGCGCUAUUGCAGUCGUGAGCCCCAACGAGAAGCCACUAAACGAUCUGGCGAAGAAGCUAGACGUCGACCAUGCUCAUGCGCAUACCGAUUCAAAGGUUCUGGAUGCGGUGCACAAGGACUUGGUCGGUGUAGGCAAGAAGGCUGGACUGACGGGGCUGGAGAUGGUCGUUGGUGUUGUGCUAGUUGAGGAUGAAUGGACGCCCACAAGUGGUCUCGUCACGGCAACACAGAAAGUAAACCGGAGGGCACUGAGAAGCCACUACAAGAAACAAAUCGAGGACUGCUUUAAACGGACAGGUUAAGCGCCUUUGUUGUAUUCGAUGUAUCUACAUAAACUAACGCAAACGAUGGCUUCUCCCGUCGUGGAUGUGGAUCUGGAUACGUGGCUCGGACGAAUUUGAAACUGGCCACUGUGUAUUAUAGUAUUGUCAUGGCGUGUAGGUAGCUAGCUGUCUACUUACCUAGGUAACUGUUGGUAUUGAUGAUGACGGCAUAAUAUUACCCGGAAUUGUUUUAUGCUUGGGGUCUUAAAUGCGUGGGUGUGAAUCUUGCUGUGGCUUGGUGAAAUGGGGGUUAUUAGUGAUAUGAACAACUGACGUUAUCGUUGAAGGUCUUUCGGUAAUUCCAACUAGCACCUACUUACAGGUAUGUACCUAUUUAGGAGGGAUUGGGGCAGAUCACCUGUGUGUAGC